AUUGAGACGCAUACUUGUUUUGCUAAAUCCAUUGUAAAGCAGUGAGUGUCUUCUGUCUCCAAUACAGCAGGAGGCGCUGCAGCCUUUUAGUCCGCAGAUAAACUCACCAAAGAAAGAGCUCGCGUGUUUUUCUCUUUUGAGUGUUUCGUUGAGUGUCAACAGAGUCUUAUCUCUGUGUAUUUUAGUGUUGAUGUUGAGACAUGAGAUCUGCUGUAAAUCAGUAGGAACGACUGAUCAGUCCAUGCUGGAUAUAUUGAUGAUUUCAUCACAGAAAGAUCUCAGCUGAAGAAAGAGGUGACGUUACUGCAGACAAAGCUGAGGUCAAGAGGAGAUUUAGAAAUGAAAUGAGAGUGGAUGUGACUGAUGAUGGGAGUCUGGAUUCAGUGUGGAUGAGCAGAGAUCAGACCCGCACACAACAGCCACUGCUGGACUGAGACACACAGAGGACUCCGAUCUCAGUCUGACUUUACUCUGUUAUACUGAGUCAAAGACUCUCAGGACACUACAGUGUGUGACAGUAAGCAGAGCUUACAGGAUUCAAUCUCUGGGUUCUGUCUGUAACGCUGGAGAACAGCAGCAGAUCCUGCAGACUACACUGAAGAUGUGUUCUGCACAAACCGCACAAUGAAGAUUAAAACUGAACCCUCAGAAAUAAAAACUGAACCCACAGAAAUAACAACUGAACCCACAGAAAUAAAAACUGAACCCACAGAAAUCAAAACUGAACUCACAGAAAUCAAAACUGAACCCACAGAAAUAACAACUGAACCCACAGAAAAAGAAGACAGUACUGAGGUAGAGGAAGAUAGCACUGUGGAAGAUGAUGAUUUUAUUCCAUCAGAUGUAAAGAGUGAAUCAUGUUUGGAUAUAGAAAUAACGUCCUCAACAUCAAAAGAGCGACUGACAGCACAAACUCUUGUAUGCAUUACCUGUGGAAAGACAUUCAGCUCACAAAUACAUUUAGAGAGACAUGAGAGAAAACACACAGAACAGAAACUCUUCACGUGCACCAGAUCUGAGAUCAGCUUUACUACCUUACAAGAGAAGAAACUUCAUUCAGAGGAGCACGGAGAGAAGCAGCAGUUUCACUGUGAGCAGUGUGGGAAGAUUUGUGAAUGUGGCUAUUACUUGAAAAUCAAAGAAAAUCCUCAGAAAGUUCAUCAGAGAGUUCACACUGGAGAAAAACCAUUUGAGUGUCCUCACUGUGAGAAGAGAUAUAGACAUCAAUAUGUUUUGAAGACACAUCUGCGGUCUCACACCAAUGAGAGACCGUAUCAAUGCAUUGAAUGUGGAAAAACCUUUAGGGAUUCAGGUUCAUUAAAAAAACACCAGAAUAUUCACUUUAAAGAGAAACUCUAUCAAUGUUCACACUGUGAUAAACGUUUCUGCCAUACAUAUCGGCUGAUAGCCCAUGAGAGACUUCAUACUGGAGAGAAACCUUAUCACUGUAGUAUCUGUGGGAAGAGUUUUAGUCAACGGACUUCAUUACUAAAUCACAAGAGAAUUCAUACAGGUGAUAAACCUUUCAAAUGCUCUCAGUGUGACAUGACGUUUGCUUUUUCAGGUCACUUGAAAUCCCACCAGAGACUUCAUACUAGAGAGAAACCUUACUACUGUAGUAUCUGUGGGAAAAGUUUUAGUCAACAGACUACUUUACUAAAUCACCAGAGACUUCAUACGGGUGAAAAACCUUUCAAAUGCUCUCAGUGUGACAAGACGUUUGCUCAGUCAGGUUCCUUAAAAUCCCAUCAAAGAGUUCAUACUGGGGAGAAACCAUAUCACUGUAGUGUCUGUGGAAAGAGUUUUAGUCAACAGACUACCUUACUAAAUCACAAUAGAGUUCAUACAGGUGAUAAACCUUUCAAAUGCUCUCAGUGUGACAUGACGUUUACUUAUUCAAAUCACUUGAAAUCCCAUCAGAGUGUUCAUACUGUAGAGAAACUUUACGUCUGCUCUCACUGUGGAAAUAGCUUUUCUAAUCAAUCUGAAUUCAGAGAUCAUCAGUGUGUUCAUACUGGAGAGAAACCCUAUCACUGUAGUGUCUGUAGGAAGACGUUUAGUAAUCAGUCAAACUUACUAAGGCACCAGAGACUUCAUUCAGGUGAAAAACCUUUCAAAUGCUCUCGGUGUGACAAGACGUUUACUCUGUCAAGUUCCUUAAAAUCCCAUCAGAGAGUUCAUACUGGAAAGAAACCUUAAAGCCGAAGGUAUACUAGGGACGUCUGCCUACGCACGCCGUUCGUAUGACGUCAUUUUUCGGCCCAAAAUUUGAGACAGCGGGGUCAAAUGACGGGGAAAGAGUUAAGCAUGCUUCCAAGCAUAUUUGAUCAUUACUUCAACAGUUACACAAUAUAAAUGUUAAUGUAUAAAUAAAAUUAGAUGAAUGUUGAUUUAUAAAAUAAACACCACAGUCUUAAAUUAUAUUUUCAUUGUGUCUUUACUGCGUCUGUGUUGGUUGUGAACUGCGCUCUGUUGCAGCCACACUUGAUUCUGAGGAACUACUUUGUUUGGGGGAAGACUAAUAUUUUUACUAAUAUAAUUACAACUUAUUUGUGUAAAAUCCUGCUAUGUAUAUGAAGUAACCGUUUUAUAAAAGCAAUAAGUCCCGCAAAGCAGUGGGGUUACAGUGCAUUUUAUAACAGCUAAGGGGCGUUGUUAGGCACGACGCGAAGCGGAGUAACCCACUGCUUCUUGGGACUUAUUGCUUUAGUAUAAGCAAAAAUGCAACACUCUCAUGUUGUUACCGUUGGAGAAAAUGUAUUUCUUAUUACAUUUUUGAAUAUUUUAUGUUACCAUUUAUGAAUGUAUAAUCCUUGGCUUAGAUUUAUGAAUGUAUUAGAAUCAUAUUAAAUCUUACUAGCUACUCAGAAAAACUGCCGAGGUGAAAUAGUGCGUAGAAUGUUCUUUUGUUAUCAUAUGAACUUAGGGUGCUGCAUCAUCAAGUUACUAUCUUGUUUUUGGUAUGUAGUCAAUCCUAUUUUUCUAGACUUAACAAAAUGUGUGAUCAGGGCUCCAGACUAACUUUUUUCACUAGGAGCACAGUGGCCCCCAACUGAAAAUUUUAGGGGCGCAACCAGAAAAUUUAGGGGCACAUACCGUAAAUCAACA